AUGGAGGAUGGACGUGUGAUGAAGGACUCUCUCCUCCAUCAUGAAGAGAAAAAGGAGACGAAUAAGAAGGAGGAGUCUGAUGAAGACAAAGGUUUUGGGUUCCAAGCCACUUACCAGUUGGGUGUGGCCCAGAGCAUGUUGGACCUGGCCCCGUUGGUGCUACAAGCAGCCCCUAAGGUAAUGGGGGCCUCGGCCGGGUCCCUGGUAGCUGCUGCUUUGGUCUGUGGAUCCAGCCUAGACAUGGUGCGUGAUGAGAUGCUGAGGUUUGCGCUGCAGAGUAGGGGGCCACUGCACCUGGCGAGGAACGUGUUUGUGUGGAUAGAAGGUCUGUUGCGCCGCUCACUACCAGACGACGCCCACAUCCGGGCCAGUGGACGCCUCGCCGUCGCCAUGACACGCAUCCCAGAUGGACAGAAUACUGUGGUGUCAGAGUUCACAUCCCGAGAGGACGUUGUGCAGGCGCUGUUGUGCAGCUGCUUUAUCCCUGGGUACCAUGGUAUACAGCCACCGUCUUACAAAGGAGUGUAUUAUGUGGACGGUGGUAUGUCCAGUAUCCAGCCAACCCACUCCUCUCCCUAUGCACACACCCUCACUGUGUCGCCAUUCGCUGGAGAGGCGGACAUCUGUCCACCAGACCCUGGCUCCAUGUACGUCAUCGUCAUGAGCGGCAUGCCCCUCAACUGCAGUGUGGCCAACGGUUACCGGAUCCUUGAAGCCCUCUACCCCUACAACUGGGAGGUUGGACCCCAAAACAACCCUUACUCUCUACACCCAGCCCUUUACCCCUCCACCCAGCCCUCUACCCAUUCACCCAGCUCUCCACCGAGCCUUCUGCCCCUCCACCCAGCCCUCUACCUCUCCGACUAG